AUGGCCAGAGGAGGCACCUUUGGGCUCACCUCGUCUCGCGGAAGAGGUGGACGGGGCUCUUUUCGCUCUGGAGGAUUUCGCGGAGGUAGUUCUUGGAGGGGAGGACGUGGUCGAGGCCGUGGUGGGAAGGCUGCUAGUGGUGAAACCGUUCAAGCUGUUCGCGAAGACGACGGAACACAGCUCGCGGAGAAGUUCGAAAAAGCUGCACAAAAUGACGAGAUUGACGAGAAACUGGGAUUUGCAAGGGUAGACCAAGGGCUCAAGAAGGAAGGAUGGCUGAUUAAUAUGCAUCCAACAUUAGUCAAAGAUCCAGACUGGCCGUCAGGAAGAGCAGCGGUUGAUUUCUACUUCAUUCAAGACGACGGUGGAAUGUUUAAAUGUACACUGCAAUACGAACCAUACUUUUACAUUGCAUGCAAGACGGGUACAGAAACUAUGAUAGAAGAGUGGCUGAACAAACAGUACGAAGGAUUAAUUUGCCGGAUAGUUCGUGACAAAAAGGAGGACCUCAAAUUGCCCAACCAUCUCAUGGGCCAUCGUCGCCUAUAUCUUCAGCUGUGUUUUCGCAACAUUUCCGAUCUGCUCACUGUUAGACGCGACAUUGUUCCGUUGGCUCUAGCCAAUGGUGCCAAACGCGACGCUGUUGAUGCUUAUGCUGAAGUCAUCCGCGCAACUACCGAUGCCAGCAUGGAUAUCGCGUUCGAGGAUGACAUGGAAGGGGUAUUUGGAGGACCAUCCAGGAAACCUGCCACUCAUCGAGACCAGGACCCUCGAGAAUGCAUUAUCGACGUGCGAGAGUAUGACGUACCAUACUACUUGCGUGUUGCUAUCGAUAAUGAGGUUCGGGUUGGGCUAUGGUAUUCUGUUACGUUUACCGAGGGACAACCUUCGUUCAGCCUGAAUCAUGAGCGAGUGAAGCGUGCCGACCCCGUGGUUAUGGCCUUCGAUAUAGAGACUACAAAAUUGCCGCUCAAAUUUCCCGACCAAGCCAUCGACCAGGUUAUGAUGAUUUCGUAUAUGGUGGAUGGCCAAGGGUACUUAAUCACCAACCGCGAAAUUGUCAGCGAGGACAUUGAAGAUUUCGAGUACACUCCCAAGGAUGGGUAUGAGGGACCAUUCAUCAUUUUCAAUGAACCAGACGAAGCAGCUACGAUUAAACGUUUCUUUUCACACAUUCAAGACGUCAAGCCUACCGUUAUGGCUACAUACAACGGCGAUUUCUUUGAUUUCCCUUUCCUCGACGCUCGUGCCCAGGUUAAUGGCAUCGACAUGUUUCAAGAAAUAGGAUUUGCAAAGGAUUUGGAAGAUGAAUACAAGAGCCGCACAUGUGUCCAUAUGGAUUGUUUCCGGUGGGUGAAACGCGAUUCCUACCUUCCCCAGGGAAGCCAAGGUUUGAAAGCAGUAACAACCGCAAAACUGGGGUACAACCCUAUCGAACUUGAUCCUGAAUUAAUGACUCCAUACGCUAUUGAACAACCUCAAGUUCUUGCUCAGUACUCAGUGUCCGAUGCCGUUGCGACUUACUACCUGUACAUGAAAUAUGUCCAUCCAUUCGUCUUCUCUCUAUGUAACAUUAUUCCUCUCAAUCCUGACGAGGUCCUGCGCAAGGGAAGUGGAACCCUUUGCGAAACACUUCUGAUGGUUGAAGCUUAUCGUGGGCACAUUAUAAUGCCAAACAGACACGAGGAUGCUCAAGGGAACAUGUACGACGGACAUUUGCUGGCGUCGGAAACGUACGUUGGUGGACAUGUAGAAGCAUUAGAGGCCGGUGUCUUUAGGAGCGACAUACCUACAGAUUUUAAGAUUGUGCCAUCCGCUGUUCAACAGCUCAUAAACGAUCUGGAUGCUGCCCUAAAAUUCUGUAUCACGCAAGAAUCGAAAUCAUCUCUAGACGAAGUUACCAACUACGACGAAGUCAAAGCCGAAAUUACAGCUGCUCUUGAAGUCAUGCGCGAUAACCCGAAACGCACUGACAAUCCACUCAUUUACCAUCUCGACGUCGCGGCCAUGUACCCCAAUAUCAUGUUGUCAAAUCGACUGCAACCAGAUUCCAUGGUCGACGAGUCUGUGUGCGCUGUGUGCGACUAUAACCGGCCUGGGAAGACGUGCGAUCGCAGACUGAACUGGGCUUGGAGAGGAGAGUUUUUCCCUGCACACCGGGACGAGUUUAACAUGAUCAAACACGCUUUGAACCAGGAGACGUUUCCUCCGAAGCGUCCUGGAGGACAAACGAGGCGAUUUACGGAUUUGACUGCCUCUGAGCAGACCGCGCUCUUGCACAAGCGCCUGGGCGACUAUUCCCGCAAGGUGUAUAAGAAGACGAAGGACACCAAAGUCGAAACCAGAGAGUCCAUCGUUUGCCAGCGAGAGAACCCUUUCUACGUCGAUACCGUGCGACGUUUCAGAGAUCGGCGAUACGAGUACAAGGGUCUUCAUAAGGCCUGGAAGAAGAAUCUCGACUCAGUCAUCAGCGAAGGGAAGUCCAUCGGAGAGAUCGACGAGGCGAAGAAGAUGAUCGUGCUGUAUGACUCGCUACAACUUGCGCAUAAAUGUAUUCUGAACUCUUUUUACGGAUAUGUCAUGCGUAAAGGUGCACGAUGGCAUUCGAUGGAGAUGGCAGGUAUUACUUGUUUGACAGGCGCUACGAUUAUCCAGAUGGCUCGAGCGUUGGUGGAGCAGAUCGGACGGCCGUUAGAGUUGGAUACUGACGGAAUUUGGUGCAUGUUACCUGGCGUUUUCCCGGAGAACUUCAAAUUCAAGCUCAAGAAUGGCAAAUCGAUUGGAUUUUCGUAUCCUUGCACCAUGCUAAAUCAUUUGGUGUACGACAAGUUCACGAACCAUCAGUACCAUGACCUUGACAAGGAGACCGGAGAAUACGUCGUGCACAGCGAAAACUCUAUUUUCUUUGAAUUGGAUGGUCCCUACAGAGCCAUGAUUUUGCCCUCGUCAAAGGAGGAAGAUAAAUUACUCAAGAAACGUUACGCGGUGUUCAAUGACGACGGGUCGCUUGCUGAGCUGAAAGGAUUCGAGGUCAAACGUCGCGGAGAACUACAACUCAUCAAGAUUUUCCAAUCCGCCAUUUUCGAGAAGUUUUUGCUUGGAACAACCACUCAGGAAUGUUACUCCGCUGUAGCAGAAGUAGCUGAUCAGUGGUUGGACGUUCUUUUUUCGAAAGCAGAAAACUUGAGCGAUGAAGAAUUGGUCGACCUUAUUGCCGAGAACAGGAGUAUGUCUCGAACACUGGCCGAGUAUGGAGGUCAAAAGUCGACAUCGAUCAGCACGGCCAAACGCCUGGCAGAGUUCUUGGGCGAUCAGAUGGUGAAAGAUAAAGGGUUGGCAUGUAAAUUCAUCAUCUCUGCGAAACCGAUAGGCGCACCUGUCACAGAGCGCGCUGUGCCUGUCGCCAUUUUCUCUGCUGAGGAGAGCGUCAAACGCACGUAUCUACGCCGAUGGCUCAAGGACAGUAGUUUGGUCAACUUUGAUCUUCGGUCAAUUUUGGACUGGGACUACUACAUUGAGCGGUUGGGCUCCGUCAUCCAGAAAUUGAUUACGAUCCCGGCGGCGAUGCAGAAGGUUUCGAAUCCUGUUCCCCGCGUUCGCCAUCCGGAUUGGCUACAUCGUCGAGUGGCUGGAGCCGUAGACAAGUUCAAACAGAACAAAGUGACAGACUUUUUUAGGCAGAAAGGAAACGGAGAUGAUGAAGAGACACAACCAGUCGAUAUUGAAGACGUCGUCUCAGAAAAUCCAGGCCGAAAACGCCUCGUUGUCACUGAGCGAUCCACAGUUCGUGAAAUUACUCCUGAACCAGAAGUAGACGACGGUCCGCUGCCUGAUCCAAAUCAAAAUUAUUCUGCGUGGAUUCGAGCUAUGCGGCCGAGAUGGAAGAAGAGACGAGAAGCACGGUGGGGCGGCGGGUCAGCUUCAGCAAUCGUGCCAUCCAUGUUCAAGUCGACGCGUGCGCAGACAAGUCAUCGCUGGGACAUUGUCCAAAUUCGGGAAAGCAAAAUCCCUGGGCGGUUUAUCCUGUGGCUGUCCAUUGAUUCGGAGCUGAUUUCGGUCCCUCUACGUAUACCCCGCGAGUUUUAUAUCCACCUCAAGAAGCCGGUGGAAGGUCUAUUCCAGACGGAGUUCUAUACCUGCACCAAGGUUGCAAAGAACCUGCCCAGAGAUAGUCCAUGCACGAAUUUGUACAAGAUCGUGGUUCGCGAGGAGGUUUACCAGGAGAUUCAGGAACAUUUCAUCGAUAUCACCAAUGAUCCCAAUGUUGACGGUGUUUAUGAGCUACAGGUUCCUCUUGUUCUUCGUGGCUUGAUCAAACUUGGGAAGACGUGUGCACUCGACGAUCAGACCUUGACGCUGACCAGAGCCCAGCAAGUCGGUUUCGAUCUUAACCAGCUGGAUCGAUGCUUGACAUCUUCCUCUCGCGAUCGGUAUCUCAAGGGCGGAAAGUCUGGAAAAUAUCUUUUCUUAUACCAUGCCAGUUCUUCCAACGGCGUGUUACACUUGUUCGCUCUAUUCCAACCCAACGGGAUCGCCAAAAUCUUCCUCGUAGAUCCUGCGAGUCGCCGUCAAGGCAUUUCUCGCCUAUCCGAGCAAUAUGUGACGUACCUUCAGAAGAAGGUCCAGACGUACGGCACUGGCGAUUCAGUCGUGUACCCUGCAACUGUCGAUUUCUCUCAUUCGUAUCAUUCAUCCGAUACGACUGCCCUCAAGGCCGUUUCGCGGGAGCUAGGUCUGUUGGAAGACAAGUCGUAUACAAUCGUUCUUUCCUCCAGUAAGGAUGUGUCAUACUUCGAGAGGUGGAUGCCAAAGUUGGUCAAAUUCCCGAUCAUCGCCAUGUCGCAGGCAAAAGGCGCGCAUUCCUUGGAUGUUUUCCCGUGGCAGUCCCAUGUCGGUCAAAAGAUGUUUAGUCGCUACCUAUCUCUUGGAGAUUUCAUCGACAGGAUGGCCGCCCUUGCCGAUUACUAUGAUGUUCCAAUUGGACAUAUUGAGGGUGACCAGCCACUUAUUCUAGCAGACAUCAGCUUCGCCAGGCGCCUCGUGCAACAGGAUAUGGUUCUCUGGUGGUCUCCUGGCGACUGGCCUGACCUCGGCGGGAUCGAAAAUGACAGACGGCAGACAGAACCAUUACCCAAGACUGAAUUCCAGGCGGCAGGCGUAUAUUCGAAUGUUUGUCUCGAAAUCACUGUGCGCAAUCUCGCUGUCAACUCUGUGCUACAAUCUGUGUUGGUCAAUGAGCUCGAAGGAAGUGGAGGAGCGACUGCGUUCGAUUCAACAUCACAUAUGAUCAACGAAUAUGGGGCGAAUGGUGAAACGCAAAGGGACUUGACUUUGGGCGAGUCGCAGCUUUCAACGCAAACCUUCGCGGUACUGAAAGCUAUGGUGAAGACUUGGUUGUUGGACAAAAUCCAUGAUAGCACCAAUAGUCCGGCCACACUUACAAUCGAUCAUUUCUGGAGGUGGAUAAGCUCGUCAGGGUCGCAGCUGUAUGAUCCCAGCAUCCACCGAUUCAUCCACGGUCUCAUGCGAAAGACAUUCAUUCAGCUCCUAGCGGAAUUCAAGAGACUAGGGUCUCAGGUUAUACAUGCCGACUUCGGAAGCAUCUUGUUAGCGACCUCGAAACCACCUGGAACGGCUCAUGCAUAUGCAACAUAUAUCACGACGGCGGUUACAAGCCACGAAUUAUUCCAGCAUAUCUAUCUGCAAACCGAUAGGUUCUACGACCUUUUGGUUUUUAUGGACUCGGCGAACAUGGGUGGAAUCGUCUGCGAAAAUCCUCUGGCUAUCGAACCUCCUGAAGAGUUGUGUAUGGAGUUGAGAUGGAAUAUUCAGCUAUUUUUGCCACCUGCCAUCCAGGAUGAUUUCGGCAGUGUCAUCCAAUACUUUAUUGUGGAACUCUUCAAAAUCAGGCAAAAGUUGAACAAGAUUGCAAGGAAGCCGUUGAGGGAAUUGCAAAAUGGGGAACCGGACAGCACUCAGCGAGACACGGCCAAGGCGACCGAGAUGGAGUCUAUUCUGGAGUUCAUCUCUAAGCGGCUGACGAGGAAAAUGCUCAAAGUCACGGAGAGCAUUCGCAGUCGAUACGAAUACGUUAUGAAUGACGAUGACGCAGACCGCACCCCUUUCAUGUUUCCCACUCUUCCUGGUUCUUAUCUGAAUUUCAACAACCCUCCACUUGAAUUCGUGAAAUUCACCUGUGCGGUGUUUUCCCUUGCAAAGGAGUAUCAAGUGGAGGUUGGGCUGAUGAAGCGAAAUUUGCUGGAUCUAGUCAAUGUACGUGAAUUUGCGGGCGAGGCGACGUUCCGUAAUCCUUGCGAACCUCUAAAACUGGCAAAUGUUCCUUGCCGACACUGUGAUUACCUGCACGACUUUGACUUUUGUCGAGACCCCGAACUGCUUCCAGACAACGUCGAGGUCAACCCGAAGUGGUUGUGUAAUCAAUGCGGGGGCGAGUACGACCGCACAGCCAUUGAGUUUGCGCUGAUCGACAUGACGAGAGGGUUGGAAAAGGCGUUUGCCCAGCAGGACCUGAGAUGUGUCAAGUGCCAGCAGAUACAGUCCGACAAUGUAUCGAAAUAUUGCAAGUGCUCGGGUGCUUAUCAGUUCACUAUGAACAAAGCGGAUGCCCGUAGGAAAUUGAGGACAAUUGUCAAUGUCGCCAGAGAGUAUAAUUUACCUAGAUUAAAGGAAUGUGGACAAGCGUUGCUCGCUAACUGUUUGAAUACCUACCACCACCACAAGAACCAUUACAACUUUCUAGACGACAUUACACCGGUCUUUGGACCUCUUACAUUCAUUAUUAAUGCUGCUAUGCCUCCAACUCAUGGCCACAAACAAUCUGCAUCCUUGAGCCAAAACCACAAAGCACAACUAGCUAACGCCUACAAUGAACUGGGGAAGGAGCUGUCAUCGUCCAAGGUUCGCGUUGUCGGAAACUACACCUUGGGAAAGGUGAUUGGAGAAGGAGCCUAUGGCAAGGUCAGAAUUGGCACGCACCGGCUGACAUCCACCCGGGUUGCCAUCAAGCAAAUUCCAAAGGCCAUGUCCGCCUCCCUGACGCGCGAAAUCCACCACCACCGCCAGCUGCACCACCCGCACAUCACCCAGAUGUAUGAGGUCAUUGCGACAGAAUCCCACAUCUGGAUCGUCACAGAGCUCUGCUGCGGCGGCGAGCUUUUCGACUACCUCGUCGAAAAGGGCCGGCUGUCGGAGGACGAGACGAGGGUUAUCUUUGGUCAGCUGUGUCUCGCCGUUGCGUACCUGCAUGAUAACAACGUCGUGCAUCGGGACCUGAAAUUGGAGAACGUGCUGCUGGAUGAGCGAUGUCGAGUCAAGCUUGGAGAUUUCGGAUUUACGAGAGAGUUUGAUCGUGGAAUACUUAUGGACACCUUCUGUGGGACGACGGGAUACGCCUCGCCUGAAAUGUUGCAGGGGAAGCGGUACGAAGGACCAGAGGUUGAUGUAUGGUCACUAGGUAUUAUUUUGUAUUGCUUGCUCACUGGAACACUACCUUUCGAUGACGAUGACGAGGACGUAAUGCGCUCUAAAAUCAUACAAGGGGAUUUUGAAGAUCCUAAUUGGUUAUCUAUUGAAUCCCGCGAUCUUAUCAAAAGUAUUCUUACCAAAGAUGUGACAAAACGGAUAUCCAUCCCGCAAAUACUAGCACAUCCAUGGUUUACAGCACGGACGCUCACUUAUGAACUCGAAUCCCCCUUGUCAGCCGUUCCACCCAUGCCAUUGACACGGCCGCCCUCACCUCGCCGCGAUUCUGAAAGUAGCACUGCACCUGAUUCUUCGGAGGCAUCGACGCAAGAAUCACUCUCUCCUUUGAUUAAACAACCCGACUUGGGAUCGUCUACACCUACCACCCCCGAUGAAUCAGUGCACGAUCCAUUCGAGAGCUCAGACAAUAAUACUUCGACAAAAAUACAUAGACACCCAAGUGACAUGACGAUUCGGAAACAAUCCACUUCUGAUCUGGAAAGUCUGUCUAGCAGGCUUGCGAUGUCGGGGGAGAGACAACCAGCGACAGUGCCAGAGGAGAGAGAAGAAGAGCGCAAGAUGUACUCCGCCUCACCUCUGCCUUGGACAGGACCCGGUUCCAAACCCCCGCCUUCAGCACACCGAACGCCAGCGCGCACGAAACGCCGGUCCGUGUCGUCAAUCAUGUCUGAUGCCGGCGGCGCUGCAUCGCCCACGCUCGAAAAGACUCCGACGCCACUGCCCAUACCAGCCGCACGAGACCUUGACUUUGCCAGUCUUUUGAGCGCACGCACCCCCGUGAUAUUCUCAACACCGCCGGAAAGGCAGUUGCUGAACACGCUUGCGCUGCUGGGUUUCGAUACCGCGCAAAUUGUGCACUCGGUCCUGACGAAUGCCUGCGACUCGGCUGGAUCUCUGUGGUGGUUACUGCGGAAGAAGGAGGAGACCAGCACGAGAGUGAAGAACGCCGAUGGGACGCUGGUCGUGUCUCCCACAGAUGCAGACACAGCGUCUCUAUUGGAAGGCGUCGGGGAUCCAGAACCGCUCUCCGGCGAAGAAUCCUCCUCCCAACAGCUGAGGCCGAGCAACGGAAAGAAGCAUAAAGACAAGGACAAGAAGAGCAAGAGCAAGAGUCGGACACGCAAGGCUUCUGCUGGAGUGCAGACGGAAGACAGCGCCCAGCUAGUGCACAUGCCGCUCGCCGCGCCAGUGCUGCACGGGCACACGCCGCCGCUCUUCGCACUGGUGCCUCCUACGCCGACGAUGGCGUCUACGCGCUCGCCGACGGUCGCUACCCCGCCGCGCAUAGGCUCGCCCACGCGCUCGCCGCUGCUGUCGCCUUCGUCGUCCACGGUGGCCGAUGGAUCUGUGACGUCAUCGUCUGCCGCGGCACGGUCGCAUCCGUCGACGCCCAGUGGGAGUAUGAAGGAUAAGGAUAUGGGAUCGGGAUCGAAUACGGGCUCGAAAGGGCGCAAGGCGCGCUCUGGUAGCGUGAGCAUCAUGCAGCGGGCGACGACGGCACUCGAGGCGGCUGGGUUGGUGCGUAAGAAAUCGGCCGAGGCGUUCAGGGAGGAGAAGGAGCGAAAGGAGGAGAGGGAGCGCGAGAAGGAGCGGGAGCGGGAGUUGAAAGAGAGAGAGCGGGAGAAGUCAAGGGAGGGAGAACGGGAGCGGAGAGGAGGGAGUGGGGAAGAGCCGUCGCGGCUGUCGCAUGGGAGCGGGACGUCGUCGAAGCUUACCAAGUCGCCGCCGCUCAAGGCGUCCAAAGAUCACCCGCCAUCGACGCCGCCGCCUAGCGAGCUGUCCCGGGACGUGGCCGCGCAGCAGAUGGGCUCCCCUUGGGUGCUUGCUGACGGCCGCGAGUCGAUCGGACAGGGCCAGUUGCCUGCUGCUGCUCUCAGCGCAACGUCGGUUUCGCAUGCAAACGGACCGGGUAUGCGAGGAGAGAUCCUGCAUUCGCACAGCACACCGAAUUUCUCGGCGCCUGAUGGAAUGGGCGCGCCUCCAGCUGCUGCUGCAAAGUCAAACAGCGGCACGAACAGGAACAAGGCGAACCUUUUGACGGCGUUCAGGUUGUGGUUCAACGAAGACAGGAAGGGGAAGAGGAAGGAUUCGGCCGACUCGAAUGCAAGUGGCCACAAUCCUGGUAGUGAAUCUGCGGGACAGUCGAGUGCUGGGGCCGGUACGCGGGCUGUGGGGGGGAGCCGGAGGGGCAACGCCUCAAAUUCGAACAACAAGUUCGGGUCAAGAGGCGCGCACAGGACGAAGCGGCCUUCGAUGAGCUCGCGCCGAUCGAGCUCGAUCAACUCGCGGCGGUCCUCCGGCACACCGUCAGUGCAGAUGCUCGUCCUCGACUCCCCCGCGCAGGCGCAGAUCCCCGGCGCGCAGCAGGCGGUGGCGCGGCGGUCGUUCGGGAGCCACACGCCCAACUCGGAGCGGGGCGAGCACUCGUCGCGGCCGUCGUCGAUCCGGAGCGUGUCGAUGCAGACGCGGGAGCGGCAUAGGAAGAGCCCGUCGCAGAGCUCGGCGGGCUCGGUGCAUUAUCCGCGCGCGUCGACGUCGAGCCCGAUGCCGAUGCAGAAGUACCAUCGCCGUGGGGGCUCGGGGGGAUCGACGACGAGGGUGGUCAGGCAGAUAACGCCUGUCAGUGGUGGUGGAGCGCAGCCGCGGCCGGUGCAUGUCAGGAGCAACUCUACGACGAGCUCGAUGCACUCGCCGCCUUCGUCGAGGCCUAAUUCAUAUUACGAGCCGUCUGAGAGUGAGGGGGGUGUGCCAACUGCGACGAUGACGACGCCGGUGAAAUCUUCUUCUGGUCGGUCGAGGCGCUCGGAGGAUAGACGUCCUGUGAGCAGCGGGAAUGGGAGUAUGACGUUCGUUGCGCAGAAGAGGCAGGGGCCGUUCGCGAGUCCGGCGUAUGGCGGCAGCGGCGGUUCGAUGAGCGCGAGCCGCUCUAGCUGGAAGAAGUCGUGGGGGGUAGAGCCGCCCGGGUGGUCCUCGCGCACGGCGCAUCUGCCCGUCGAGGUGCUGUCGAUUUCGCCCAACGACCCUGUGUCGAUCCGCGACGUGUUCUCGGGCAAGCAGGCGGCGACGGUGCUUGCGAGCGCGAUGGGCGACGAGAGCGACUGGGUGGAUGAGGACGACGAUGUGCCGGCGUUUGCGGGUGGGCUGGGUCAGAUGGGCACGUCGAUUUCGAUGUCUAGUAGUAGUGGCUCGUCGAUGGGGUACCACGGGCAGAUGAUGGAGCCUAUUACACUCUCGCCUGCACCGAGGGGACAUCGGGCGUCGAAGCGUAUGACAGGUAAUCGAGGCGUGGGCGCAUCUGGUUCUGCAACGGGAGGGUCGGGAUCGUCGUCGUCGUCGGGUGUGGUGGGCAGUACGUCGAGUGGCUCUGUUGUGGGCAGGGCGAGGGGAGGUAACAGUGGCAGUUCGCCGGCAGAGAGACCGUCUCCGUUGCCGAUUCCUGAGGCGGGAUACGAGCCUGCUGAUUCGCGAACUGGGAGAAGACAGUUGCCGGCUGGAAGAUCAGGACCUGCGUUCAAGCAUGCUAUCCAAGAGGAAGAUGAGGACGAGGAGGAAGAGUGA